AUGAAUAUCUUAAGUUGGAACUGUCGAGGACUUGGGAACCCUCAGACAGAGCAGGAGCUUGGGGAUUUAUUACGAGCUCAUUCUCCCUCAAUCGUGUUUGUGGCCGAAACAUGGUUGAAAAAAGCUAGGCUAAUUUACUUACGUGACAAGUGGAAGUUUGAUGGGAUGAUUGAAUUCUCUAGAGAGGGGAGGGGUGGAGGGGUGGUGGUUUUUUGGAAAGAAGAAGUAGAUUUCUCGGUGGAUACUUAUUCGCCAAAUCAUAUUGAUGCGGUCAUUAAUAAAGGACAGGAGGGUAUGUGGAGAUUUACGGGUUUCUACGGUGAACCCGAAACUAACAACCAUUGCAUCUCUUGGGCUACUUUGAGAAGACUAAAUUCAAAAUUUUCAUUACCUUGGUUAUGUGCGGGUGAUUUCAAUGAAAUUAUUCGAGCCCAUGAGAAAUUGGGGGGGCGGCAUAGACCAAAUAGGCAAAUGGAGGAGUUUAGGGAUGUUUUGGAUGAAUGUGGGUUCCAAGACUUAGGCUAUUGUGGGAACAAAUUCACUUGGUGCAAUGGGCAUGAGGAGGGGCAUACGGUGUGGGAAAGACUCGAUAGAGCGGUUGGUACGGCAGAGUGGAUCUCCAUGUUCCCAACCACAAAAGUUGUUCAUUUGGAGUGUGGCACAUCGGAUCACAAGCCGAUUUUGAUUCACUUAUUAGGGGUACCAAAGCGAAGAAAUAAACCUUGGAGGUUCGAACAAAUGUGGAUGAAGGAUGAGGGUUGUAGAGAGGUAAUUGAGGACGCAUGGUCCUAUGUUCAUCAUGGCAGCCCAAUGAGUAGAGUGGAAGGGAAAGUGGAUAGGUGCCGAAAAGGGUUGAAAUGGUGGAGCAAAGUGGCUUUUGGUAAUGUGACCCGAAACCUUAGGAAGAAGAAGGAGUUACUAAGGUUAGCCGAGGUAGAGGCAAUAAGGGGUGGAAGUUUUUCUCGUGUUCAAAGAUUGAAAAAAGAGAUUCAAAAGCUAUUGGUGUCAGAAGAGCAAAUGUGGAAGCAACGAUCUCGAACCCUUUGGCUCUAA